ACAUCACCUGCAUUCGGAUGAGUCGCGGAUCGAAACUUUUUUUCAAGCCCACCCCGAUCUGACAUGGAGGACUGGGCCAGGUGGCCGAAAGUGAAAGUUCUCGUGGCAGCUCUUGAGAAACCAGCAACAACUCCUCCUGAAAUCAAUCACUGCUCCAGUCCUGAAAGCUUUGACGUAGACGAUGGUUCACCUCAGCCCCGCACUUUAUUGGACGCUGCUAGUCCCUCUGCUGGGCUUUUGGUACAAAGUUUUCCCCAGCGACGAGAGUCUUUCUUGUAUCGGUCUGAUCACGAUGUCGAUACUUCUCCGAAAUCAGCUUCAAGACACUCUUCGCAGGGUAGUGACACGGAAGAACUCAUCGUGACACCAUUCGCCCAAAUUUUGGCAAGUCUGAAAAUUGUGAGGAAUAACUAUGUAUCCCUUACAAAUGCAAGUCCAACAAAGAAGAAACUAUGUGGUAGUCCAGGGAAUAGUGCCACAACAACGCCCAAAACUUCUCUUACGGAAGAAGAAGAGGAAAGGUUGGCGUGUGAAACGCUCGAUGAAUUGGAUUGGUGCUUGGAACAACUGGAAACGAUUCAAGCUCAUCGGUCCGUUGGUGAUAUGGCCUUUAGUAAAUUUAAAAAAAUGCUGAACAAGGAGCUAAGUCAUUUUUCAUCAGAAUCCAAAUCUGGCAGUCAAAUAUCAGAUUAUAUUUGUAGUACUUUCUUAGGUAAGGAACCAAAUGAUAAGAAGCAAGAGUUCGACCUCGAUACUUUGAAAGAGGAAGAGGAAGAAGAAACCGAAGAAAUUCAAAUCGCACCUCUUCCGAAGUCAAAGGGUAAAGCUGGAAGAGCCAUGUCCAGAAUUUCUGGCAUAAAGAAAACAGUUUGUCAUAGUAAUAGCUUUAGCGUAUUGCCCAAGUAUGGAGUAGAAACUGCUAGGGAAGAAGAAUUGGGAUGCCUAUUAGAGGACGUUGAUCGAUGGGGCGUCGACAUAUUCAGAAUAGCUGAAUGUUCAAACAAUCAUCCGCUGACAGCUGUCAGUUACAAAAUUUUUAGGGAUCGAGAGUUGUGUAAAACGUUCAAGAUUCCAUCAAAAACUCUCAUAAAUUUCCUUUUAAAUCUUGAAGAUCAUUAUCUGAAAGUGCCCUAUCACAACAGUAGUCAUGCAGCAGACGUCACACAAUCAGUUCAUGUGUUAUUGCUAAUGCCUGCAUUAGAGUCUGUGUUUUCCGACUUGGAGGUGUUGGCGAUUCUGUUUUCCGCAGCCAUUCACGAUGUAGAUCAUCCUGGUGUCACAAACCAGUAUCUAAUAAAUUCAAGCUCCGAGCUUGCUCUCAUGUAUAAUGAUGAAUCAGUAUUGGAAAAUCAUUCAUUAGCAGUAGCGUUCAAACUACUACAAGAUGAAAACUGUAACAUCUUUGCCAGUUUGAACAAAAAACAAAUGCUGAGUCUAAGAAAAAUGGCUAUUGACAUGGUUCUUGCAACGGAUAUGUCAAAGCAUAUGAAUUUAUUAGCAGACUUGAAGACUAUGGUUGAAACUAAGAAAGUUGCAGGGUCUGGAAUGGUACUAUUAGAUAAUUACACGGAAAGGAUACAGGUCUUGCAGAAUAUGGUACAUUGUGCGGAUCUGAGCAAUCCAACUAAACCUUUAGACAUCUAUAAACAAUGGGUUAGCCUAAUUAUGGAAGAAUUCUUCCAGCAAGGAGACAAAGAAAGGAGCCAAGGAAUGGAUAUAAGUCCAAUGUGUGAUAGGCAUACGGCAACAAUAGAAAAAUCUCAGGUGGGAUUCAUCGACUACAUUGUUCACCCUCUGUGGGAAACUUGGGGUGACCUAGUGCAUCCUGAUGCCCAAGAUAUUUUAGAUACACUAGAAGAAAAUAGAGACUGGUAUCAAAAUAUGAUUCCCAUAAGUCCAUCAAGCAGUCGUCAAAACAUCCUCGAGGAAUCACCUCCUAGCUCCAGCAAAGAACCAAUCAAGUUUCAGGUAACUUUGGAAGAGCCUGAAGACUACGAAGAAGAAGAGGACCUCAGUGAAACGCUGUAAGAUCACAGCAUCUGUGAACGAAAGUUCUCCAAUUUGCUACCUGAAUGAAGACGAAUUCUUCAGAACUGAUGAUGACCCGUCCCAAAGAAACAGAUAAUUAUAAAUAAUAAGUGUUCGAUUUACUUAUUGGGUUCGGUCGCUGGAAAUAAGAGAGAUGAGACUCGCACCAUAUUCAGAAGAUUCCUAUGUCAGAAACAAAACUAAAGCGAGAAAAUUACAAUUGGAAGGUUAUUUUUUGAAAUUCUUCAAUGUAUUGCUCUUGCUUGGUACAAGAGCUCGCGCUUCGUUUACUGUACAAGAGUGGCUUAUCCCAUGUAAGAAGCUAAAUAUUUCUGCUUCUAAGUGAUGAUCUCAAAUGGGAAGGAAAAUUUGCUGCACACCAGUUCAAUCAAUAUGGAUCUACUAUCUUCUUUGCUCUUUAUCCUUCCCUAUUCAAC